UAUAAAACAUUUGUUCCAGGGACGACGGACGGACGGACGGACGCAUUUGCUGUUUCAAAACAAUAAUGUUGUUGCUAUUUAGCUCUCAGUGGAAGCCGCUGCCGCCACCACCACCAACGCGGUGUUUUCGAUCAAUACAUUAUCGUUCCACUUUGUAAAAUAAGUAACUUAGUUCGGGUUAACUUUAGUGACAGUUAGUGAUGGGAGUCCACGGACUGUGGAGGCUGCUGGAGAGCACAGGCAAACCCGUCAACCCGGAGACACUGGAGGGAAAAAUCCUCGCUGUCGACAUCAGUAUCUGGCUGAAUCAGGCUGUGAAGGGGGUGAGGGACCGGGAAGGCAACAGUGUCCAGAAUGCCCACCUCCUCACCCUCUUCCACCGCGUCUGUAAGCUGCUCUUCUUCCGCAUCCGACCCGUGUUUGUGUUUGACGGAGACGCGCCACUGCUGAAGAAGCAGACUCUGGCUCUGAGGAGGCAGAGGAAGGAGGAAAUGAGCCAGGAGUCCAAACAGACCAACGAGAAACUCCUGAAGACAUUCCUGAAGAGACAAGCUAUCAAAGCUGCACUUGGAGAUCGCAGUCAGGAUCCUCUACCAAGCCUCUCCACCGUGAAGAGAAAUGAGGUGGACGACAUGUAUGUCCUGCCUGCUCUGCCACCUGUGGAGGAGAAGGACGAGAGCAGAUCGGAGGCCGAGGAAAGUUCAGAAGACGAGGAGAGGAGAGAGUGGGAGGAACAGGACACUUAUCACAUGUAUCAGGGUGAACGGCACGGAAACCCCGACUCCGUGGAUAUCAACUCGGAGGAGUUUUCCUGCCUGCCCCCUGAAAUGAAACACGAGAUCCUCAAAGACAUGAAAGAGUUUUCCAAAAGACGCCGAGUCAUGUACAACCCACCCCCAGAGGCUUCGGGAGACUUCUCCCAGUACCAGCUGGCCGGCCUGCUGCAGAGGAACCAGCUGAACCAGCGUCUGAUGACCGUGGAGAAAGAGAUGAACGAGCAGAGCGCGGGCAGCGCUCCACAGCUCCAGGAGAACGGACAGGAUCACAAUGUAGAGUCCCGUCGGCUUGUCUCAGAAGACAAUUCUCACUAUAUUCUUAUCAAAGGCUCCACAAAGACUAAACCUGCCCUCCCUGAGAGUCAACCGGCCGCUGCUCCCUGGUCUGGUAGCUCACUGUCGGGCUGCAGGAAAAAAGCAGCAGACAAACCCGAACCUCUGUGGCGUCCUGUGUGCAGCGGAGAGGAAGAGAUGUUGAGUCCUUUCUCAAAAGAUGCCAAGCGCUCAAAAUCACCUGAGGGCGAUGCGUUGCCACCCUCGCCUCGUACACUGAAGGCAAUCCAAGCUGCAAUGAGUUCCGAUCAGGGGACGGUGGACAAGGACAAGAUGGAUGGUAGCGUGUCUCCACGUACUCUGCUGGCGAUCCAAAAUGCUCUGGCUGAGGACGAGGACGAGGAGGACUCUGUCACCCAACGUAGAAUCAGAACCACCGACUCGUCCACCAAAACGAACUCGAAUGUUCACCGCCCUGUGGUCAUCAGCAGCUCGGAGGAAGAAACUGAAAAACCGAAGGAACCAGGUUCUCAGGGGAAGUCAGCAGGCCCAAGUCUGCACGAGAAAGAUAUUCUGUUAGUCAGUUCUGAGGACGAGAUGGAAGAAGUGAUUUGGCAGAGAAACAAAGCUCUUCACCUCGCGGUGCUGCAACAACCUCAAGGGACAGAGAUGCAGUCAAGGAGUGAAGAUCUGACAGAAGACGCAAGGACAGCAAGUGAAAGUGGAAACCGGACAGAAAUACAAGGAGAAUCAGAGCACGGACACGUCAAACAUGGAGAGAUUAGUUUGAUUGUACCCCAAGAUGCUGCCGCCCCUGCUGCUUCCAGUCAAAACACGUCAUCCAUCCAUGUUCCUGUGCACGAGUGUGGAAAAUCUGUCAGUGCACAGACUGAAAUCCACCCUGUUCUGUCAGAGCAGAGGCGCAACGUGUCGCCUGAAGCUUUGGUAGAGAAGGAUGGAGGUGAUGUGAAGUCAGAUGAUGGCGAGGGAAGCAUUUCAGAAGAGAGCUUCAUCGAGGUCUCUGACGAAGAAAUGAUUGAAGAGGAGGACGCGGACGAAUCGCUUGUGAAAAAUGCAGAGGAAGUAGUUUCUCCCGCUCGGGUCGACAAAGAGGAGACGGAGAAGAGUGAAGGAGAAGAAGCAGAGGAACAAUUGAGCGAAGCUCCCGCUGCUGUGGAAGAAGAGGACGAAGAGGAAGAUCCGAAGAAGGAGGCAACAGAGGCGGAGUCCAGCUCGACUCCAGCUUUUAAUGAAUGGGAUCACAUGGACAUGGAGGAGCUGGAGGCUCUGGAGAACUCUCUACAGUUGGAGCAGAACAGCCUGACGGAGCAGAUGCAGCAGCAGGAGAGGAUGGCGAACACCGUCACUGGACAGAUGUACCUGGAGAGCCAGGAGCUGCUGCGGUUGUUCGGCGUGCCGUUCCUCGUGGCUCCGACUGAGGCCGAGGCUCAGUGCGCGGCGCUGGACCGGGCCGACCAGACUCACGGGACGAUCACCGACGACUCCGACGUUUGGCUGUUUGGUGGACGCCACGUGUACAAGAACUUCUUCAGCCAGAGCAAAUACGUGGAACACUACCAGUACAGUGACCUGCAGAACCAACUGGGGCUGGACAGGAAUAAGCUCAUAAACCUGGCUUACCUGCUUGGAAGUGACUACACAGAGGGCGUGCCGGGGGUCGGAUAUGUGACUGGCAUGGAAAUACUCAACGAGUUCCCAGGAUCGGGUUUGGAGCCGCUGAUGCAGCUGAGCUCAUGGUGGUCAGAGGUGCAGGACAAAAAGCGCCUGGUGGCCGAUCCUCGGGACACGAAGGUGAAGAAGAAAUUGCGGGACCUAAAAAUUCACCCGGGUUUCCCCAACCCAGCUGUGGCUCAGGCUUACCUGCAGCCUGUGGUGGAUCAGUCAGACAGCUCCUUCUGCUGGGGACGCCCACAGCUCGACACGAUCAAGGAGUUCUGUCUGAGCCGUUUUGGUUGGAGCAGUCGAAAGACGGAGGAGACUCUGCAGCCUGUGAUCAAGCAGCUCAACACCACGCAGACCCAGUUGCGGAUCGACUCGUUCUUCCGCAUGGAGCAACAGGAGAAGCAGGCGAUUCGCAGCCAGCGACUACGCCGAGCCGUCACCUGCAUGAAGCGAAAGGAGAGGGACGGAGGCGAUGAGGACAGCGAGGAGGAAACGUGUUCCCCCGUCAAAUCCCCCAGUGGGAAAGCGACCAGCAGGACCCCGAAGAGAGGAGGAGGAGGAGGAGCAGAGAAAGAAGUGAAGGGACCUGCAGCAGGAGGAGGGUUCCUGGGAUCGGAGGUGGCCGCUGUAUCUCCACUGACGCCGCUCCGUGAUGUGAGCAGCAUCAGAGAGGAGUCUGUGUCGGUAAACUCUGUCCCACAGUCUAACAAGACUCGACCUCAGAAGGUCAGGAGCAGCAGCAGCAGCAGCUCUGAUGAGGACAGCGAUGGCGAUGAUGAAGCUGCGAAAGUUACAGCGCGAUCGGUGUUCGACGGCAACAUUCGAGGCCGCAAAGCAAAAACUACACAACAUAGAGGGAGGGGACGAGGAAGAGGAAGAGGAAGGGGGAAGAAAAUGAAUUGAAAAGAAAAUCGAUUGUCUAAAAACUUUUGUAAUAUUAAAGCUGCAUUUUGUAA